AAAUUUUGGCUCUUUGGAUUUCAGUGAGAGGGACUUCUGGGUGAAAAAAAGGUUUACGGAGAAGAUAAUCUUUACUCCAGCUACAGUUAUGGAGAAUAACCCUUACUUCAGCAGUCAACAAGUCCUUUGCAAAGAUGUUGAGCUUGGGAAAGAGAAGGAAAGAAAGGCCAGGUAUCACGCUUACCAGUGUGUCGCCAUCAUUCUGAGUGUUGUAUUCCUGAUACUGGCCCUCUGUAUCUUCAGUCUGAGAUAUAUAUGGAGCCCAAACCCUGGGAAGGUAUAUGAUCAUCAGUAUAAAGCUGUCCUGGAUGGAAUGGAGACUGAGAGCAUGAUGGAAAUCCAUCCAGCGCAACGCAUCGAGAUCUUCAGGAUGGGAAACGGCACAGACGAGGUCCUGGAGGUGCACGACUUUAAAAAUGGCAUCAUGGGCAUCCGUUUUUCCAAGCACCAGAGAUGUUACAUCAGGGCUCAAACCAAGGAGCUGCCGAAGCUGGACUCAAAGACCAUCGACAUAGAGGUAAGUGAGACGGGUGAAGUGGAUAUGCAGAUGGUGGACUCUCAGAUAUGGAUCCCUGCUGAGGAGCCCAUAUCCAACAAAACAUUCCUGUUGAAUUCCAAGAUCUGGGAGAUUUGCCAAGAUCUACCCAUCCACUGGAUCCACCCAUCUCCUCUCAGAGAGGCUGAGUUCCAUGAUGUAGAGGAUGUGGAGGAGACCCCAGAGCUGGAGGCAAGAGGGCCACGUCAGGCCCGGGACAUCAUGGACCAGUUACCAGUAAACGACUAUAGAGAAUUGGGGCUGGAGCUGGACAACAGCCUAGAUGAGCAGGGCUACUGCUGCCAGUACUGCCGUCGUGGGUACCGUUAUUGUCGGCGAUACUACGAGCCCCUGGGUGGCUUUUCGCCAUAUCCUUACUAUUACCAGGGAGGACGAGUCAUCUGUCAGAUUGUCAUGCCUUGCAACUGGUGGAUAGCACGAAUGCUGGGACGAAUUUGAGGAUCCUGGGGGGAACCAGUGGUGCUAAGCUGUUCAGGGGUACACGUAGACCAGCUUCAUUCUCAAAACUUUUUCCAUACUUUGAAUAAAAAAUCUGCCGAUGUGAGGCAAAACAUUAACUCAAAACUUCCUCAGUGACCUGUGAUAACUAUUCUUCAUAUUAUGUAUGGGUAGCUGAUGCAUAACAAUCAAGUUCAAGAUUUUAGGCUAAUUACAUAUGGGAAAUUACAUAUUUUAGGCCCUGUUUUUCACAAUUUCACAUUUUUUGCCUUCAUUUGUUCAAUUUGUGGAAAAACAAAUUCAUUUUUAAUAGUAUGCUACAAAUAUGCUCCAUCUCAGACUAUUCUUAACAGCAUUCUGCUAUUAAUAAUUAUGAAUGCAGUUUUUGUAAAGAUGGGGUAAAGAUCAUGUCAAAAUGCAUAAAGUAUUUAAAGUCAACUAUCACUAUAUAUAUAUAUACACACACAUAUACACACACACACACACACUUUUAUACAUGAUGCUUUCUGUAAAACUUAUUUUCAAUGAACUGUGUUUUGAUCUGUCCUUUAUCUAUAUGGUAAUACUAAAAGUACCACAGAAACAGUUGCAUGGAAAUGGUCAGUUUCUUUAGUCUACAUAUUCCAUGUGGACUUUUCAAAUCAAUGAAGAAUGUGUAGGUAGAGGUAAUUUGCAUGUGAAGUUCUACACAACAAAAAAAAGUUAUCCUUUAUUUGUCUUGUUUUGUUUUUUAAGUGGAUGAGAGGCAUUAUAAGGAACCAGGUUAACAUAAGUACAUUUACACUAAUGUGCAUGUUUAUAUUAUAAAUGUAUUUACUGUAUGCUUAAGUAAGUCCCCGAAGAGCUUUGAAAAUGUACCUUUUUAAAAGCUGUUAUGUGAAUUUAAUGUGGCGUAGAACUAUACUGUACACAUAUCACACGGCUGUAUUUAAAUAGUGACAUUGCUAGCACCAUAAUUGCAGGUCUGGGACUGUUUCAAUCAAUUCUUUCAUCCAAGCAAAUGGGUGCUCUAUAAAUUGCAUUUAUGUAAUCUAAUGCUCCUUUGUGUUUUUCCAACAACUUCCAUCUGAAUAAAACUUUCAGUGUCCGCUACCAA